AUGGCUACGAACGACUCUGCUGUGUUGGAGAGGAUGCACAGAGAAGAGGAGAGGACGGCAUUACUCAGCGGAGCGAGCAUCUCCAGUCGGGUGUCCCUAUCCGGAGUGCGUCGAUCGGGCGUCGUGGACAAGUGCUACACCUUUACCACCCUCCUCUGCGCCUUCGCUUUCCCGUUGCUCGGGAUCUGCAUCGUGAUUCUGGGAGCAAUCAUAGCCGACUUUAGCUCGGGUGCCAACGUGGCGGGAGGGGCCUACGUGGGAGGGGGAACGGCAGAAUUAGUCCUGGGGGCUUGCCUCAUACUCAGACUGCUAUUCAACCUGUGCAAGCUGUCCAGAAGAAGUUGUGGGGAGACGACAAACUGUGUCCUGUUCUUGGCCCUCACAUUUGCCUUCCUAGUGUGGUGUGGUGUGGCCUUCUCGCUGUGUCUAGCGGUGAUUCUGAAUGGGUUGAACUACCAUGAAGACAGGAGGGAGACGACAGCCAUGGUCCUCUCGUGUAUCUCCCUAGUCCUUGUGCUAGUGUUUGGUGCCAGUGCAUGCUGCUGGGCUGGGUGUCCUGCAGAUUGA